AUGAGCUAUUCCUACUCGCACAGCGCCGUUGCCGACUCUUAUCGUCCUGCUCGACGAGGCUCUCCCGCGUGGUCCUCGGGCUCGUCGGAGCGGGAUCCAUCACCACCGCCAUGGCCGAAACGGUGGGCUUCGAAUGUACGUGAGGCGACAAGUAGUAGACAUGGGUUAUGGUCGCUAUUCAAGCGGAUUGCGAGAUAUGUCUUCACGGUCUCGAACGCUUUGAUUGCUCUAUGGAUCUGCACACUAUGGUGGGGCGAACGGACUGUCUUUCGAGACAGCGUGAAGGCAUGCAAUUGGGGUAAUUGGGAGAGAUGGCCCCAGGACGCAAUUCCACAUCAUGUCGCCUUCGUCGCCGACCCACAAUUAGUCGACCCUCACACCUAUCCCGGCCGGCCAUGGCCUCUUUCGACGUUGACCGUCAAAUUCACCGAUCAAUACCUUCGGAGAUCCUUCUCAUCCAUUCAGAAAGAACUAGGUCCAGAUUCUGUUUUGUUUCUGGGUGACCUUUUCGACGGAGGCAGGGAAUGGGCUACGGCAUCCAGUUCCAGCCCGGAGAAACGCUACAAGAAAUACAAGGACCGAUUCUGGAAGAAAGAGUUCCAUCGAUUCGUGAAAAUAUUCGUGGAUACAUGGAAAGAUGGUGAUGAGCAUGUACGUCACCCGCUCGGGCGGAGGUUGAUCACUAGCUUGCCUGGAAAUCACGACCUGGGCUUUGGUUCGGGUGUCCAGAUCCCGGUGCGCGAUCGGUUCCAGAGCUUCUUUGGCAAGAGCAAUCGCGUUGAUGUCAUUGGGAACCAUACGUUUGUCUCUGUCGACACUGUGUCGCUGAGUGCCAUGGACCAGCCGGACCCGGAGACAGGCAGCUCGGGCAUGGGCUCGGGCGAUGGAGAACAGCCAAAUGAACACAUCUGGAGAGAUACCCAGGACUUUCUUGACCGCAUGAACGUGCAUCGCGGCAGGGCGGAAGUUGAGGCGUUGCGCAUGCUUGCCAAUAAGACUGAGGGCCGUCAGUUUCAGCAUCGGGCUGUUGAUAUCUUGGAACCGUCCGUGGACCCGCAGCUUAAGCCAGAGGUUGCGGGGUUUCCCACGAUCCUUCUUUCUCACGUUCCGCUGUAUCGCCGACCGGCCACGCCGUGCGGGCCCUAUCGCGAACACUAUCCGCCUAGUAGCGAGGGCUUGGAGGAGGAUGACCGGAACGCCAUUCCGAUGGGUCGGGGCUAUCAAUAUCAGAAUGUCUUGACCCCAACCAUUUCUCGAGACAUCGUCUCGAAGAUUGGGCCUAAUUUGGUCCAGAUGUAUUCCGGUGAUGACCACGAUUACUGCGAGAUCUCCCAUCACGAGUUCAGCGGCUCUCCCAAGGAGAUCACGGUGAAGAGCCUCUCAUGGGCUAUGGGGAUCCGGCAACCGGGCUUUGUACUCACCAGCUUGUGGAAUCCUCUUGAUCUCGCCACUGGUGAAUCCGAUGGCACCGCUAAUGCCGGCCGGACGGUCCAGAACCACCUGUGUCUUCUCCCGGAUCAAUUAUCCGUCUUCAUCUAUUACGGGGUUAUCCUUGGUUUCACCCUCUGCGUCCUCCUUGUACGCGCUGCGAUCAUUGUAAAGUAUCUCCCAUCCAAGACGAGUCCCGACGAGCCCAUUCUGCCCUUGUCGGAACAUCGCUCCCCGCCCCCGCAGCGCGCGGCCCGCUACAAGACCCGAUCUUCUGGUACGUCUAGCUCCACGUUCCCGUCGCCGCGCGGGCUGGCCAGCCGUGCGGUGAACGCACCUCCCUUGUCCGCUACUUACGCGAGCUCAGAUGAGGACGAAGUGGGCAGCGCCAAGUGGAGGCCAGCGCGUGGCGGGCCACGGCGGCCAGGGGCAAGUGCCUCCCAAGUCACCCUGGUUAAAGAGGAAUUCCUUGCAUCGGUCAUGGGAGUGGCCAAAUUCGCUUUAUGUUGGUACUUCUUCCUCGUCUGGCGAUGGCGUGCAUGGGUGAAUGGCGUCUUCUGA